AUGGGCGCGCUGUCGAUCGCGGGGACGACCGCGCGGCUCCGGGCGCGCGGCGCAGGCGCCGCGCAUGUCCCGCACAAGGGCGCCUUCAUGCCGGGGCAGGUCGAGGCGCUGAGACCGGGGCCGAAGCGCGUGCUGGAGGAGCCGCCGCUGAUGGAGGUGAACGCGCACGAAUACAGGAACAGCGCGGUGGAGCAGCGGCCUCCUGCGAAGAAGGACGAGGCGGAGCACCCGCAGUCAGAGGAGAGCAGAGCCAGGAUGGCGCGGACGGGGGAGCUGCUCGAACAGGCCGAGGCUCGGCGUACGGAGUACCAUCGCACGCUCGCGGAGCUCGGCAGCGGCGGGAACGCGCACGCGCGGCAGUCGAGGCGGCGUUCGGGGAUGGAGACUGCGGGUUCGGCGUACCUGCGCCCGCGGCCGCGCGUGCAGCUCACCGACCACCGGAACCCCGGCGCGCACCGCGAGGAGUUCCUGAUCUACGUCCAGGGCGCCGGGUGGAUCGAGCAGCGGGCGGUCGAGAUGCGCGAGCAGGUUGACAGUCGUUUCAUCACUCACCUCGAGGGCAACCUCGGGGAGCCCGUCGCGGGCGGUCCGCGGUCCGGCGCGAACUACGCGGCCGUCGCGCUCGGCGGCGGCGGGCAGCGGUACCGCGCGCGGGAGCAGGCGAAGCUCAUGGCCGUCGCGCAGCUCGCCCAGGCGCUGGGGCUGGCGGGCGGGACCGGCGCGACGAUGCUGGCGCAGAUCCGGAACCUCAGCCGCCAGCGGCCUGCGGCACUCGCGGCGUGCCAGCCGCGUUGGCUCGGGUACGACGCAUCGAACCGCGUGGGGGCGCCGCACACGCCAGACCAAGAUCUGCCGAGCAGGGCCGCGCAGCAGCGCAUUCGCCCGCAGUCGGCGACGCUGCGCGCGCUGACGCGGCCGCCGUCGCCGCGGAAGCGGGGGGGCGCGCCGCAGAAGAAGCCGCAGCCGGAGGUGUUGGCAGCAGUGCCGCCGCCACAUCACCUGCAGACGCUCGGCAAGGGUGUGGACGGGCUGGUGGCGUGGCACGCGGCGGAGACGACCGCGGUGGCUCCGGAGCGACUGCGGGAGCUGCUGCUGGCGUGA